ACACGCAUCACGGAGGGAAAAAAAAAAGGGAUAAAAAAGAGCAGGUCCUCCGCAGGCUUCUUCAGCCGCGACGAGGCGAAGCAUCCUGCAUCCACCACGACGCUCGAAUAGAAUAGACUAGACUAGAGCAGAGCAGAAAUGGAUAGAUAGAUCGACGCAAAUUGAACAGCGCACGCAUACGCGGGCCGGUGAUUCCUUUGGUCGCUGGGACGGAUCGGAUCGGAGCCGGAGAAGAGGGCUUUGGAAUUUGGGAUUCGUCAGGCCAUCGCGUCGCAUGCCGCCGGGCCGCCCAUGACCCGCAUGAAGCACCUGCUACGCAAGCUCCACCUCGCUGGUGCCGGCGGGGGCGGGGGCGGGGGCGCGGCGCCGGACCACCACCGCCCGCGGCACCGGCGCUCGGGGCACCCGCCGCCGACGGUCGUCGCGGCGGGGGCAACCGAGCCGCCGCAGCCGGCGCCUGCUCCUGCGGCGGUGGCGGAGCCGAGGGGGCUGGGGGCGGAGGCGGCGAUGACGCGGCUGGAGGAGGACUACCACGUGCGGCUCGCGCUCGCGAUCUCGGCGUCGGACCACGCGGGGCUCGUCGACGCGGACUCCGUCCAGAUCCGCGCGGCCGAGCGCAUCAGCCUCGGUGCCGCGGCUGCCACGGCGGCGGCCGGGGACCGGAGCCCCGUGGAGGCCCUCUCCGCGCGGUACUGGAACCACAGCGUCGUCAACUACGAUGAGACGCUGUCGGACGGGUUCUACGACCUGUGUGGCGCGCAGCUGCAUCCUGGCUUCCAGGUCAGGUUCCCCUCUCUGAUCUACCUCAGGGCGGUUCCACCCGGAGGCGAUGUUUCCUUCCUGGCAAUUUUGGUGAAUCGGGAGAGCGAUCCUGCCCUAAAACGCCUGGAAGAUAGGGCUGCGGCGAUUACCGCGCAGAGCAGGGUACAACACGGUGGUGUUGCUUCCGCGGAGCUUGUGCAGAAGAUUGCAGGUCUUGUGGUCGAUGCGAUGGGCGGUCCGGUGGGGGAUGCUGAUUUUAUGGUCAGAGAAUGGAGCGUGAAGAGCCGCCAGCUAUCUCUUCAGCUAAACAGUGUUGUUCUUCCUCUUGGUUCGCUUCAGGUUGGGCUGUCGCGCCACAGGUCCCUGCUUUUUAAGGUGCUAGCUGACCGAGUUAAUCUACCGUGUAAGCUUGUGAAGGGAAUAUAUUAUACUGGAACAGACGAAGGAGCUGUUAACUUGGUUAAAGUCGAUUUUGACAGCACUGAAUAUAUAGUUGAUCUGAUGGGAGCUCCAGGCACCUUAAUCCCUUCAGAUAUUUCCUGCAGUCAGUUUCAGGACUCCAACGAUAGUCAACUGAACAGUAACGCCAUUGAAGAGAGUGUCGCAGAAUUAUGCUUAGCUCUUGAGCAGAUUAAUGGUGGAUAUGGGAAUAGAAAUGACAGUGGAGAAAGCUCAUCUGAUUACUGUUCUGUUUUAGCGCUCACAACUUCACAGCUGGAAGAUUUAUCUCAGACAGAGAACUCAUUUGAACAAAAUGUUAUCUCUGAAAAAGGCCAAUCGAACGUGCUCAACAUUGAAGGGUGUAUUUCUGAGCAUAUGAAAGUCAAUGAUGUUUCCAACUAUAUUGUGUCUGAAGUAGUGGACCCACAGUUUGCACAAAAUUUGCAUGACUUACUUUUGGAGAGUAGUGCAUUGCUACCCACUGAUUUAUUAUCUGAUCAAGAUAGUUGUAACAUUCAUGGGAAUAUAGAAAUAGGCAUAAACACUUCUGAAGAUAAAGAAAAUGCAGAAUGGUUGCUAGUUGCUCAAACAAGUCCAAAUUUGCCAAAUGAUUUCGUAGAUAAGGAUUCUUCAUCACAACUCGAAAGUGCCAGAGCACUAACAUUAUUGAGCUGUUACCACAAUAUUCCCUUGGCACCUUAUGAAAAUGUACAACACCCUGUGGAAAAUACAAAAGAAAUAAUAAGAGAUUUGGAUUUGCAUGACCAUACAGCUAGUGCUAUUUCCAAUGAGGAUCAAAGGGUUGCUGAAGAUUCUUUGGUAAACAUGUCAGGAGGUAGCAAUGAAAAUUUGAACAAGUUGAGCUGGUCUAGUACGAAAACAAUCAGCUCUGUUAUGGAUGAUGUUGCUGAAUAUGGAAUACCAUGGGAAGAUCUUGAUAUUGGAGAACGUAUUGGUCUAGGGUCAUAUGGGGAAGUCUAUCGUGCAGAUUGGAAUGGCACUGAGGUUGCAGUGAAGAAAUUUCUUGACCAGGAUUUAUCAGGUGUUUCACUAGAGCAAUUUAAAUGUGAAGUGAGAAUCAUGUCAAGACUAAGGCAUCCCAAUGUAGUUCUUUUCUUGGGAUAUGUAACACAACCACCAAAUCUCUCUAUAUUAACUGAGUACCUUCCAAGGGGGAGCCUAUAUCGUCUGUUGCAUCGGCCAAAUAGUCAAAUCGAUGAAAUCCGGAGGCUAAAAAUGGCACUAGAUGUGGCAAAAGGGAUGAACUACCUGCACGCUGGCCAUCCUACCAUUGUUCAUCGUGACCUUAAAUCCCCAAACCUUUUAGUGGAUAAAAAUUGGGUUGUUAAGGUGUCUGAUUUUGGCAUGUCAAGGUUGAAACAUCAUACUUUUCUUUCCUCUAAGUCAACUGCUGGAACACCGGAGUGGAUGGCACCAGAGGUACUGCGUAAUGAACCAGCUAACGAGAAGUGUGAUGUCUACAGUUUUGGAGUAAUCCUGUGGGAACUAGCAACCAUGCGGGUACCAUGGAGUGGGUUGAAUCCAAUGCAAGUUGUAGGAGCAGUUGGGUUCCAGAACAGACGACUAGACAUCCCCAAGGAAGUGGAUCCGCAGGUGGCUAGCAUAAUAUCUUCAUGUUGGGAAAACGAUCCAAGCAAAAGGCCGUCGUUUUCCCAGCUCUUGUCACCUCUAAAGCAACUACAGCAUUUGGUUGCUACAGAAAGCUGCUGACAUACUGUUCCUGAAAAAAAAAUCAGGACACGUUUAUUCAAGUAUUUAUGCUCUACUACAGGGGCUAAAAUUUUCAUGUCGAAGCUCGUGGAGAUGUAUUCAGAAUCUCUGCAGUGUAGAUGUGUAUGGACGAAGGUUCUGCGCAUCACCUUGUGAAAAUGUGAGAACUCUCUGAAGCUGCGCAAAGGCGCUGCCAGAGAAAGCGUAGUGUGUAGUCUCAUGUGAAGAAAAUGUGGCGCGACACGAAGUGCUCUGUGCCAUGGUAAAUAGUUGUUCAGUUCUGGAUUUGGACUGGUGAUUCUGAGAAUCAGAAUUCACCACAAAGAUAGGAUCUUGAAGAUUUACCCCCUCGCUUUAGAAAAGAUCAAGAAGAAUGGAGGUCAAAAGGUUACGGUGUCUGCAAAAAGUUGCAGCCCGAUGUUUACCACAUGUAACAUUGUAUAUCCUUUGCAAUGUGCAUUUUGAUACUUUUGCCCCCGCCC